AUGGAGCAGAGCCCCAAAAGACGCAAGGUUUCCCACCAGGGCAACACGAGGAGUACAGUCAACAUUGCGACGGCGAGCCCGUUUGUCCUGCAGACCGACGAACUUUUGAAGGAGGUAAAGGUCGACUACACGAAGGCGCUGAGCGGCGCGGAUAGCCUGCUCCAUAAAAUCAAGAACCUCAUCGAUGAAAUUGAGUCUCACGGCCCCAUCUCCAUCGCCGAAGCCACCCGUAAGUUUCAAAAGACCCAUCGAAUCAAGAUUCCCUACCCCGAGCCGAAACCGAGCGAUGAUGCGCCUUACAACCUUUCGUACGAGAAGCCCUCGGCCUACAACGUCGUCGGUAGCUAUGUCUCGAGAACCAUGGUCAAGGCGCAGGCAAACAAGGGCGUGGACAUGAUCGUGCAGAUGCCAGCGUCGCUUUUCCAAGAAAGAGAUUACCAGAGCAUGCGCUACUUCUACAGGAGAGCAUACUACAUUGCCAACAUUGCGGCAAGUCUGCGCAAGGAGCUGGGAGACUCCGCUGAUCUGGAAUUCGAGUACUUGAACGGAAACACGCUACUGCCAGUCCUGACCAUUCGACCGAACGACGGCACGACUAGCGAGGAAGACAAGGCGUCAAAGGCAGACUUCGUCAUCCGAAUCAUCCCUUGUGCCCCUGGAGGUAUCUUUCCUAAGACAAAGUUACAUCCCGCAGCCAACAGCAACCGUAUUGGACAACCCGAGAACUCCAAAGAGGCGACACCUUUUUACAGCUCUACUGUCAAGGCCGAGGAUACCUUCGUCACCUAUCUUCGCGUUCUCACGCGUGCCAAGACCGAUUGCGCAGCUUUUACGGAUGCUUGCAUACUUGGGAGGAUUUGGCUUCAACAGAGAGGCUUGGGGAGCUCGCUUGCUGCCGGCGGCUUUGGUCAUUUUGAGUGGGCGGUCAUGAUGGCACUUCUUCUCCAAACAGGCGGUCGCAACGGCCAACCCGCUCUAUCUUCGGCGUUGAGCAGCACCGAGCUUUUCAAGGCCACGGUGCAGUUUCUCGCCUCCACCGAGUUCUCAAAGAAGCCUUUUGUUUUCGGUACUUACAAGCAGGGGACCGACAUUAUUCGCGAGAAUGGCCCUGUCAUGUUCGAUCCGGAGCGUGAGGUAAACAUUCUGUAUAAGAUGAGUCCUUGGUCAGCGAGCCUGCUUCAUUUCCACGCCUGCACGACCAUGGAUGUGCUCAAUGACCCCCUAGCCAACCAAUUCGAGCCGACAUUUAUCACCAAAGCCGACGUGCCAUUGCAGCUUUUCGACGCCAUCUUCGAGAUUCGCAACGUUGACAGCCAUUCGAAGAGCAAUAGCCCCGAUCGACGUGGAGCUGUUUGGGAUCUUAGUUUCAAGGCGUACACGGUUCUCAAGAAGGCCCUGAAGGACAGAUCGCAGUUAAUUCACUUCCAGACAAAGGAUACUGCAUCGUGGCCCAUCGCAGGCAAAGAGCCCCGCAACGUUGCUAACAUCCAGGUUGGCGUCAUUUUUGAUUCGGCUAACAUGGGCCGGUUGAUGGAGUACGGUCCCUCCGCUGAGCUCGAAAAGGAGGCGGCCAAGUUCCGGAAGUUCUGGGGCGACAAGGCCGAGCUGCGACGUUUCCAGGAUGGCAGCAUUCUUGAGUGCGUACCGUGGAACAACAAGACCGCGGCCGGCAUCUGCGAGGAAAUCGUUCGAUACGCUCUUCAACGCCAUUUGAGCCUCGGUCCUGGUGACCUUCGAUUCCAUGAUGCCGAACCCCCCUCAUCUCUAGGCUUCACCCCUCUCGAUAGGGAUGCCUUCGAGGCGGCGAGGAAGGCCUUCCGAGCCCUGGAGUCAGACAUUCGCGGCUUGGAAGACCUACCCCUCUCCAUUAGGCAGUUGUCGCCUAUUGUACCAGAACUUCGAUCUUCCUCUGUCACCGCGCCCAUUGCCGCCUCCCAAAAGACCCCUCCAUCAAUGGAUGUCAACUUGUAUUUUGAGGUUUCGAGCAAGUGGCCGGAGAACUUGGUCGCAAUCCAGGAAACCAAGAUCGAGUUUCUGCUUGACAUCGACCGAAGAUUGAAGGCUGUCAAUGACAACAUCACAACUAGCCUGGGCCGCGACAACGCAGCUCGUGAGAUCGACAACCUGGCGUAUCUCGACAUCAUUUACGACACCGGUGCUGCGUUCCGAUUGCGCAUCUUUGCCGAGCCGGAGGAGACACUCCUUGACAGGCAAGCCAAGAACAAGACGCUCGACCCGCAGACGAGAGCGGACGCCGAGGAAGCCCUCUUUGACAUCAACUGGCGGUAUAAGCACCUCCCGCUGCACACGCAGACGAUCACAACUUACUGCACCCGCUUCACCACGCUGUCAACAACAAUUCGUCUAGUCAAGCAUUGGUUCAACGCCCACAAGCUUGCCAGCCACGUCAGUGAAGAGCUCAUUGAGCUCCUUGUCUUGCGCGUGUUCCUCCAGCCACACCCCUGGAAGACCCCGUCUAGCGCUAUGUCAGGCUUCCUACGCACUAUCCUCUUCCUCUCGAGAUGGGACUGGCGCGAUGAGCCCCUCAUUGUUGACUCCUCAGACGACAUGUCCGCAGAAGAUAGAUCCGUCGUCCAAAAACACCUGGAGGCUUGGCGUGCUCGCGAUCCCAAUAUGAACCACGCUGUCCUUUUCGUCGCCACCCCGCACGACCAUUCAGGGCUGGCUUACACCCGCCACGGGCCCUCCAAACUCCUCGCAACCCGCAUGACUCGUCUCGCCAAGGCCGCCAGCAAGCUCAUCAGAGAGCAAGGCAUCGCCCUCGACAUCGCUCAACUCUUCCAGCCCUCGCUCAGCGACUAUGACGUGCUUAUCCAUCUAUCGACCUCAGCCUUGAAGCGCGUGGUCCGCGAUGCCGCCGCCGAGGCCGGCAUUCGCCACUCUCUCUUCAAGAAUCUGGACGCGCGUACGGGCAAGGUGCCCCUGCCCUUGAGUAGGUCACCGGCGGCGGUCCUGCUCAACGAGCUGCAGAUGGCGUACGAGGAUACUCUCAUCUUCUUCCACGGCGCUCCCGAAGACUCGGUCAUUGGUGCCAUCUGGCAACCCAAGCUGAGGAGACAAAACUUCCGCGUAGGUCUGCCGUACAACUUCCGUCAAGUGGAUAGUGAAGAAGACGACGUGGUUGAAGUCAACAAACCCGCUGUCUUGCUCGAAAUUGCAAGGAUCGGGGGCGACUUGGUAAAAAGAAUUGAGGAUAUGUCAUAG